AUGUGGGAAUCCUUGGACCUUAUGAAAUCAAAUGGGAUGGCAUUCAAUUGUGAAGACUUCUCAAAAAAACUUAAACAAUACAGAGGAGAAAGUACACCCAUCAAAAGUAUAUCACAAACAAGAAGUGACUCAAAUAUCUAUAUGAACAGUGAUUUAGCCACCAGAGCUAUAACCACUACAUUAGACGAACUUAUUAAAAACCAGAUAACUACUAAUGAUACUCUCUUAAUCCUAAGUAACCGGUUAUUAGAACUCAUAAAAACUUAA